AUGUAUGAGCCGCUCAACCCCAUGUUCGAAAAAUCUCUUUACGACCUCAUUCGAGGCCUACGAAACCACAAGGGCAACGAGCGCGAAUACAUCCAGAACAGCCUGAAAGAAUGUCGCGCCGAGGUUCGCAGCCAGGACAUGGACCUCAAGGCCACGGCCCUCAUGAAGCUCGUGUACCUCGAAAUGGUCGGCCAUGACAUGUCCUGGGCCUCGUUCCACGUCCUCGAGGUCAUGUCCUCUCCCAAGUACCACCAGAAGCGUGUCGGCUACCUGGCCGCUGUGCAGAGCUUCCGCCCCGACACGGAGGUUCUUAUGCUGGCAACGAAUCUCCUGAAGAAGGACCUAGCCUCGCCGCAUGCGACAACCAUCACGCUGCCCAUGGCCACGCUGCCACACAUCAUCACGCCCUCCCUCGCCCUCUCCACCAUCUCCGACCUGCUGCCGCGCCUCAGCCACUCGCACCCCAACAUCCGCAAGAAGGUCAUCGUCACCCUGUACCGAUUGGCCCUCGUCUACCCCGAGACCCUGAGGGCCGCCUGGCCCAAGAUCAAGGAGCGCCUCAUGAACAAGGACGAGGACCCCAGCGUCACGGCUGCCAUUGUCAAUGUCGUCUGCGAGCUGGGCUGGCGGAGACCCCACGACUUCUUGCCCCUGGCGCCGAGGCUGUUCGAGCUGCUCGUCGAGGGCGGCAACAACUGGAUGGCCAUCAAGCUGAUCAAGCUGUUUGCCACCCUGACGCCGCUCGAGCCGCGGCUCGUCCGCAAGCUGCUGCCCCCGCUGACCGAUCUCAUCCGCACGACCCCCGCCAUGUCUCUUCUCUACGAGUGCAUCAACGGCAUCAUCCAGGGCGGCAUCCUGGGAAGCGCAGACGACGGCAGCGAAGAAAUCGCCACCCUCUGUGUGAACAAGCUCAGGGGCAUGAUCAUGGUCGAUGGUGAUCCGAACCUUAAAUACGUCGCUCUCCUGGCCUUCAACAAGAUUGUCUUGACCCAUCCCUUCCUCGUCGCACAACAGGAGGACGUCAUCCUCGAGUGCAUCGAUAGUCCUGACAUUACCAUCCGUAUCAAGGCCCUCGACCUCGUCAAGGGUAUGGUCAGUGGAGACAACCUCGUCUCUGUCGUGAGCCGCCUCAUGAAGCAACUGCGAUCGUCUACACCGCCAAAGAACAGACAGAACGCCGGUGCCCCCCUGGGGCCCGACUCGGCACCCGACUCGGAGGAAGAGGCUGAGGUCAUCAACCCCAACGCAAAGGAGAAGGGCCAGGCGCCGCCACUGCCGGACGACUACCGCAUCGAUGUCAUUGGAAGGAUCCUCGACAUGUGUGCCCAGAACAACUAUGCGAACCUGGUCGACUUUGACUGGUACAUUGAUGUCUUGACACAGCUUGUUCGCAUGGCGCCGGCGCCGAGGCCUGUGGGUACAGAACUCGAAUCUGCCUCGUCGUACGGAAGCUCGACGUCGGGCGACAUUUCUGAAAAGAUUGGCGACGAGCUGCGCAAUGUCUCUGUCAAGGUCAUGGCCAUGAGGCGAUCCGUCGUCAUGGCGGCGGACCUCAUCCUGACGCAACUCAACGCCGAUACGCCGCCGGGCCACUUCAUCACAUCGGCGUCCAUCAAGUCGAUUGCUUGGAUUGUCGGAGAGUACCCCAUCAUGCUCUCUUCCACAGACGACUCCCUGACGACACUCUUGCAAACAAUCCCGAGGACCAACAUUCCCGAGAUACUCAUCACCUGCCUGCAGGCUGUCGCCAAGGUCUUCGCCUUCAUCGCAAGCAACGACAGACAACUGUGGACGCCAGAGUGGAAGUCCAGGAUAACACUACUCAUGGCCCGCGUCAUCAACAUCUUCGAGCCUCUGGCCCUGCACCCAAGCCUCGAGGUGCAGGAGCGGGCAGUCGAGUUUAUCGAGCUCCUCAAGCUCACGGCGGAGGCUGCGUCAGGGCACGACAUAUCAACAGAGGAAGCCGAGCAAGACCCCCCGCUCCUUCUCACCCAAGCGAUCCCUUCGCUCUUCCAGGGUUGGGAGCUCAACUCUGUCGCGCCAGGAGCGCAACCGCGAACGACCCCUUCUACAUUGGCGGCCUUGGCUCCGGCUCCGGCUCCGGUUCCGGUGGCGCCUCGACACCCAUUCACAACAUUCUUCAGAAGGAAAACGGCCCGGACCUCGAUAUUGACUCGAUCCCCAUCAUGCAACUGGACCUCGACAAGCUCGGCACCUCUGCGCCGACGUCCUCUUCCUCUCAGCAGCAGCAUCACCUUCUCCAGCAAAGGCCACCGCCGCGGCCCCGCCAGCGCGUCGUCGUCGCCGCAGACGAGACGCUCGCAGGGCACGGCGGCAGGGGCCACGAGCGGCCUCUCGACGCCCCGCGCCUACGAGUCGGAGAACAACUCGGACAGCUUCACGCGCAGCCGCGCCAAGAAGCUCCGUCAGGGCCUCCUGCACGUCGACUCGUCGCACAUUGGCACCUUUAGUCUCGAAGGUGACAAUGACGCCGCCAGGGCCGGGGGCGCCGGCGCCGGUGCCCAGGCGAACCCGUACGACUACGAGAGACAGCAGCGCGAGGAGGCCGAGAUGGCGCAGGCUAUGAAGGAGGUCGAGAGGCUGCGGCUCGAGAUGCAGCGCGCCAACGAGCGCAUCUCGGUCGCGCAGGGCGUCGAUGCCGAGGGCACCGUCGUCAAGCGCAAGGUCAAGAAGAAGAGCAGCGCCGCGACUGGGGACGGCACGGCCGUCAAGAAGACGACCAAGAAGAAGAAGAAGGUCGAGGGGGGAGAGACGCUGAUCGAAGGAGACGCGGCGACGGGGGCAGUCGAUGGAAACGGCGAGCCGGCGGUCGUGGUGGCCAAGAAGAAGAAAAAGAAAAAGGCACCGGUUGUUAUAACGGACGACGCCGAGGCGCAGACGGGGGAAAGGUCAUGACAUCCGGCACCCACGUAGAAGAAUGGAGGCAGCCAGGCUCACGACAAAG